AUGAGAAAGGGGAAUAUAACCCUACCGACCAAUCGCCAAAAUGCAGAAAAACGAUUUCAGACACUGCAGAAGAGACUUGACAGAGAUGCAGGUCUGCAGGAAGUUUAUUACUCUCAGAUGCUAGAUUAUGUAAGAAAGGGUCAUGUGGAAAUCGCCGAGCCUAUACAAGACUCUAAGGAGAGUUAUUAUCUGCCACACCAUCUGGUAAAGAAGGAAAGGCGUGGGAAUAUCAAGUGGAGGAUCGUGUUUGAUGGGCCCUCGCGUGAAAAAUACGCGCCCUCGCUCAAUGACGCUCUGGACAUUGGACCAAACCUUCUUCCAGAAACCUUGUCCAUUCUUCUGAGAUUCAGGCUAUACCCUUCAGCGUUUAUUGGUGAUGUCAGCCAGGCAUUUUUACAGCUUGUCCUAGAUCAAGAUGACAGGGACUUAACAAGAUUCCUUUGGUACCGAGUGGUUGGUGACGAUGAACACGGUUACGAAACUACAAGCGACAUAACAACUUACCGUUUCAAAAGGCUUCCUUUUGGGCUGACUUGCAGUCCUUUUCUGCUUGCCGCUACACUGCGAGAACUUGCUGAUCGUUACAAGCAGACAUUUCCAUGCUGCAUCCCUUAUGGUCAACAGCACAUAUGUUGA